AAAACACUAACAAAAUAUUAAGAGACAUCACAAUCAUUUCAAAAAGUAAAAUGUUUCAACACAGGAUAAAAGGACUGUCAUUUUUUUUCGUAGGAUAACAGCAGUACACAAGUAUCAAAUCAUCUAUGAAAAAAGUGUAAAAUUGGAAAUUUUUAUAUACCAUUGGUUUGGUUAUGAAGCAUUUAGUCAAUAAAUAAUAUGAUCAACAAUGCGUUGCGUACAGCUCUGGUUGGCUUGGUUGCGUGAUUGGUUAGUAACAAAAUGUCUUCAGCAAACAACCAAGAAUCAAAUAAAGAUGAUAGCAAUGAACAAUAUAGAGUGGGUGCCGAUGAUAAGUACAAAAAAUGGACUAACAACAUUAGUAACACCAGUGGCGGAAACAAAUUUGCAAGGCGUGCUCGAUCGUUUAAAGAAGAUUUACUGGACAUUAUAUCUGCAAUGCGGUCGCCUAGUCAUAGCGGAAUCAGUUCCAGGAGCAUUUCUCCUAGAAAUGGAAUACCAAAACAAAGGCACGCUUCUUCGGGAAGCAGUCCUAAAAGAUCUCUCAACGAUAUUGAUUUUCAUGUUAGACAAAUUCAGGUAGCCUUAAAACAUUUUCUCGAUGUUGUUGCAAAAAACAAAUUAGAAAUGUUGCCUGGAAAUGGAACAGUAGUUUUAGAAACUGUUACUUCUAUUUGCGGAGUAUUUAAAUCCUAUGAUAUUAAUGAACAAAGUUCUCUGGUAGUGUCGGCUUUGAAUCAAGUAUAUCAAAGUGUUGCACAACUUAUAAAACUCUGUGAUGAUGUUCUAUUAUCUGGAGAGAAAGCAAUCGACACUAGCAAUGUAUCGGAUACAUUACACUUGGUCGACUUGGCUAUUCAGAAUUUAGUGUCCUUAACAAACAAGAAAAUAGGUCAAGGUACCAUAAAAAGUGUUUACAAAGAUGAAGACUCUCUUAAACUACCUGAUGAAUUAAAACAAAGAGUUUCACUUCCUGAUAUUCCAUUAACACUGAGAGAAAGAGAAAUAUUGGAACAAACCAGCAACCACUCGUUUGACACUCUUGAUAGUGUUUCUCAUUCUAAACCCCCUUUACCUGAUAGAACAUGGGAACAAAAUGACAAUAAAAAUAAUUCUCCCCCGCCUUUACCUCCAAAACGUCGUACUGGUAAAAAUGUCGCUAAGUUUUAUCCGUAUAAAGUAUCUUUAGAACCAUUAAGUUUAUCUGAUAGUUCUUCAUCAAUUGGUUCAUUGGAUUCAAUUUUAAAUGACGAUGAAGUUAACAUUGUUAUGUCUCAUGACGAUAGUUCAUUUUUAACAUGUGAUAUAAAUCAUGUUUGUGGUUAUUGUAACUGUUCUUCAAGUUCCGCUUCGGUAGAUCAAGGCAACGAAAAAAGAAUAUCUCCAUUUUCAGAGUACCCACCACAACACACUUUAUUGGAAAAGAAAACUGCAUAUUUUCAACAAACUUCUAGUCAAGCAUGGACGAAACAAUCAAAAUCUAUGUCAGUACAGCAAAUUGAUAAUCAAAAAGUGGUAUUAAAUGAUAUCAAUCAAUCAAUGAAAAAUGAAAUUCCACCGCCAGUACCCGAAAAAAAACGUUCAGUACGGCUCAAAGUAACACAUGAAAAUUUAUCAAUGGAUGAAAUGGCUACACAAUACAACUUCCAUAGGAAUAACAGCCAUUGUAGUAUUCAAGCUUUGACACACACUGCGUCACUUGACAAUCCAGUUGCCGAUGCUUCUAAUCCACCACCUUUACCAUUGAAAAAAAAACACAUGUUUCAUUCGGUGGCUUAUUCUGUUAUGGCGUAUAUGGAAAUGUUUGGAAAUUGUUCUCAUGGAAACACAACAGAAUUUUUACGCCAUUCAGUCCAUACAUAUACGAUGCUUCAUCAGACUAAUUGGCAUUCACCUCAAAAAUACCAAAGUGAAGUUCAAAGUUAUAGUGUUGAAAAUUCGUGUCAACAAUAUUAUAUUACUAAUGAUUCUAAUCCUCCAGCGUUGCCUCCCAAACGAGGAAAAAUAGUGUCUCCUUAUAAAGAGUUAACGCCUUCAAAAUCUCCAAACAAAGUGUAUGUAACUGAUGUUAACGCGACCCCAAAUACGGCUCAUUGCUUAGAAACUCAGGAAAUGGCAUCAAGUGGUUCUGAAUCCAAUCAAGUUAAUAUCGAUGAAACCAACAUAAUGGAAGAACUUAAUGUUUCUAGUUGGCUAUUGUUUAAAAAGCCUGAAGAAGAUGGGCCUCUAGUUCGCGGCGGUCAUUCUGAUGCGCUAGUCGUCCUUGCUACAAAUGUGGUGAAAAAUGAUUUUUUGUAUCAAGAAGCAUUUUUAACAACAUAUAGAACAUUUUUAUCGCCUUUGGAGCUCAUACACAAACUUUGCACGCGACAUCAAAGAUUCCAAAAUUCAGGGGAUCUAAAUAAACAUCGGGCCGGCCGAGAGUCUUUUUCACUAUUGGUGAGAGUUGUUAGCGACUUAACAUUAACUGAUUUGGAUGAAAAAGUGUUACAAGUUCUUAUGGAUUUUGUAUAUCAAUUAGUACGUGCAGGUGAUUUAACCAUGGCCAAAGCUCUCAGGGUUAAACUUUUAGAAAGAUAUCAAGCAAAAUUGAUGCAUAAUACAACAGUUAACACUCUUUUGCCUUCACAAAAUGUUUAUACUCGUCAAGCAACAUUAUUAGAUUAUAAAACUGAACUUAUCGCAGAACAAAUGACAAUGUUGGACUCUGAACUGUUUAUGAAAAUCGAGAUUCCCGAAGUAUUAAUAUGGGUAAAAGAGCAAAAUGAAGAGCGCAGUCCUAAUCUUACUGAGUUCACUGAACAUUUCAACAAAAUGUCUUACUGGGCGAGAUCACGUAUUUUAGAACAAAGUGAAGCUAAAGAUCGUGAACGCUAUGUUUUAAAGUUCAUAAAAAUAAUGAGAAGCUUACGUAAAAUGAAUAAUUUUAAUUCAUACCUAGCACUAUUAUCCGCGUUGGAUAGUGCUCCGAUUAGACGACUUGAAUGGCAAAAGUACAUAACCGAAGGGUUAAAAGAGUAUUGUGCAUUGAUUGAUAGUUCAUCUAGUUUUAGAGCUUAUAGACAAGCUUUGGCUGAAACAAAUCCUCCUUGCAUUCCAUACAUAGGACUUGUUUUACAAGAUUUAACAUUUGUGCACAUUGGUAACAAUGAUUAUUUAUCAGAAAAUAUUAUAAAUUUUUCUAAAAGAUGGCAACAAUUUAACAUAGUAGAAAAUAUGAAACGAUUUAAAAAAAUGGGCUACAAUUUCAAAAAACAUGAUCACAUCAUUGCGUUCUUUAACAACUUUGAUGAAUUUCUCUGUGAAGAAGCUAUGUGGCAAAUCAGUGAAAGCAUCAAACCAAGAGGAAGCAAAAAGACUACAUAAAGUGGUUAAUAUUUUUUUUCAUUUUAAUCACAAGUUAUUAUUUAAUUUUAUAUGCAGUGUGUUUAGUCUAGUCAUUUUAAGUAUGACUAAUGAUUAAAGAAUACGUAUGUUAAGCUUACUUAAAUGUCUCUAAUGUUAUAGAAUAUCUAGUCAUUUGAAAAAAAAUUACUCAUUAUAAUAUUCUCUUCUUUCAUCUUUAAAACUUAUAUUUUUUACCUUUUUUAUUUUUUUCUUAUAUUUUGUUAAUGAUUUGUUGUUUUAAAACUAGUUAUUUUAAUUCAUUUUUUUUUUUAAGUUUUUACUAUAGAUAAUUUUAUAACAAAAUCAUGUAUACUUAACCAAUCUUAUUUAUAAAAGGUGGCUCUAAUUUAUAAAAUAACUUUUUUUAAUUAUUAAUGUAAACUAUUACUAAUUGAGCGAACAAUUUUAAGUUCCUAUUUUACUUAAUUUUCUAAAAAACUUUUAUCAUUAUUUAUUCUUGUCAAUUUAAAGUGCAAAGUUUAAAUUAAACUUUUAUUUUUUUAGUUUUUAUAGACAUUAACAACUAUCUAUAAACAUCUGUCUAAAAAUGACAUGAUAAAUAGAAAAAUGACAUAUUAAGUAUUUCAAAAUAAAAAUAUUUGUACAACAUAGGUGUAAAUACACAUUUGAAUUAUGUAAUUAUAUAUUAAUAUCAAUAUAGUAGUAACUAUUUUAAUGUUAUUACAAAUAACAAAAAUGAAAUUUACAAAAUUUCAUUAAUAUUAAACUUGAGAUUAGGGUUAGCGUUGGCGCUAAAUUGUUAGAGUCUUCAUUUUUAAAUAAGCCAUUAUCAUUUAUUUAAAUUUAACUUUACUAUUUAUCUAACUUAUUAUUGUAAAAUAUUUAUUUAUAAAACAAACUAGGCAGAUAUAACUUUGUAGCUAAUUAUUUUUUUAUUUUACUUAAGAAAUGCAUAUCUAGGAAAUC